AUGUCGGUGCUUUCGCCCGAUCUCAUCGCCCAGGUGGACAGCAUGCUGGACCAAGCCGCUGAAGGAGAUCGGUUGGUCCGGACAGUGCAAGACUUGCUCCAACUUCUCAAGCAGAACAACUUGGUCACGAGCAUGAGGCUCAGCCCCAUGCACGUGGGCGUACACCCGAAAAACCGCGAUGGUGCCGGGAUUAUCGCAGGCGACUGCUUGGAGUUGCUAGAGAAUGUGCUGUCUGUCGGAUUUGUUCGCGACCGCAUCACAGCCCUGGCUGUGGAGAUAACGGAUGCAUCCGUCCGUCGCUUCAACGAGGACCUCGUCCGAGGCUCCGGCGGCCAGCUGGGCGAGCUGGACGGUGACAUGCUGAAGGUUGUGUCAUUGGCUGGGUCGCAUACAAAUUUCAUGUUGCGAUUGUUGUCACAGGGGGCAGCUCUUUCUACUUCGGCGGCUUCGGUGGAUGGACGGCUUUCAUUAGAGAAAGUGGCCCGGCGAGACCCUGAGCUUGCCAAUGCAGCCCGUGAGGGGCUGGUCUGGGAUGUCAUAUCGAGGGAAGUCGCCACAAGAUGGCCGCAGUUCCUGGGCCUCGUCCAAUCGGCCAUGAAUGCUACGCUUCAAAAGCAGGAGUCCGAAAUGCAGCUCUUGCAUCGGGUUCAUCGACUCGUCUCGGCCGUGGAGAAAGUUGACUUCUCCAGCAUCAAAAAGCAAGCCUUGGCUUCCAAGCCACCUUGCUCGGAGGGUUUGGACCAGGCGAAGACGGCGGAUUCGUUGCUCUCACAGAUCCGUGAGAAAAUGAACUCUGCCGGCCUUGACCCGCUCAACAGCCCCGAUGCCCUGCACAUUCUCGGCAUGACGGAAGUGAACAUUGCCGCAAAGAUUUUGGGGGUCGUGCAGCCGCAGGAAAAGCGCUACAAAAGCCUGCACGGCAUAGCUCACGACUGUAUGGUUUUGCUCAGCAAAAUCAGCACCCAGGCACUCGAGAACCCGUGGGCCGACAAGGCCGAAGAGACGCCUUCGGGAUCCGGCGAUGCGACCACAGCACAGCCGAGCACGGUUGCCAUGCGAGAGUUGCUUGACGAUGGAACCUAUGGUAACCCUGACGAGGUUAUGCGAGAGGCAGGCUUUGAGGUGGGCUGCACGAUCAAGCGAAAGAAUGACAAAGACGAGUACAUCAUCCGUGGUGUGAAGAAGACUUAUGUGCGAGUGGAGAACCAGUCCACUGGGGUCAUAGUGAAAGCAAGCCUCGAAUCCUUCAUGAGCAAAGAGUGGACAAAGGUCGUUGCCAAGCCGCAGCCCUCCGUGAUCGCAGACCUUACCCUCUUCAACCCCGAUGAGAGUUUGGAUUGGCAGGCCCACGUGUUUGUCGGUGCAUUGUUGCAGGAGCUUCAGGGGCUGUGGAAGACGUUUGGAUCGAGCAGUUUGCAAGGCAAGUUGAGCUUGCAGCUGAAGCCUUCAAAGGCACUCACGGCAACUGCAGCAUUUCCGAAAAGGCUCUUCUUUGCAGUGUCCAGCAAUCAAUUGCCGAAAGAAGAAGGCGGGCACGGAUUCCUCGCCCCGUAUGUCGCAGUGCCCACGACUCCGGACGAAGAGCAGGCCAGUUUGGAGGAGUUCAUGCACAAGGCUCCUCUCGCAAAAUGGCCGUUGUUGCGCAACAAGGCAGCCAUCAGCAUCGGCGACUCCCUCUUGAUCUACAAGCCUGUUUCGAAAGCGGCCGCGGAAGACCUUGAAGAGGCAUCCCCUCUUGCUGCGAAACGUCGCCGGCUGAAGAUGGGCUGA